AUGGGGAAGCUCUGGCCUGGUCGUGGAGAUGAUGCAGAACCGCCCGUAUUUCUUGAGUGGAGGUCAUCAAAGCUUUUUAUCACAUUCGUGGUUGUAUUUGCCGUCUUCACUGAUAUCUUGCUCUAUGGACUAAUUGUUCCUGUAGCUCCCACGGCUUUGCGCGAUCGAGUAGGUUUAUCUGACAGCGAAGCUAUGGCGGGCUACGUAACUGAUCGAAUCGAGUCCCGAUGGUGGCCCCUUAUGAUUGGCCUGAUUGCCUUGGCCGGUGCCACUGCUCUCCUCUGUGUCGGGACUAAUAUAGGCCUCUGGGUGGCCGGACGAUUGCUCCAGGGAGCUUCUGCGGCCGUGGUGUGGACAGUAGGAUGUGCCCUUUUAGUGGACUCAGUGGAAAAAGAAGAACUUGGUCAGUCUAUGGGCUAUAUUGGUAUGGGAAUGACUCUUGGCAUCAUGGGAGGACCUCUUCUUGGAGGAGUCAUCUAUGAAAAUGGAGGAUAUUAUGCCGUCUUCGGGCUAGCAUUUGGGUUGGUCGGACUGGACAUCGUGUUCCGAAUCGUCAUGAUCGAGAAGAAACAUGCCGUCCGAUGGCUCUCGCCUCUCCAGGAAAGAAAGGACAACGAAUCACCUCAAGCGGCUCCUGGAUGCGCGGACUCGGUUCAACCGUCACCUGCACCGCUCAAAAAGCGGCCUCUGGGAGCUUUAUUUAUCCUACUGGCUUCCGAGCGCAUGCUGGUUUCCUUGUGGACUUAUUUUAUUGUUUCCAUGGUCUUGACCUGCUUUGAUAGCGUCCUGCCUCUCUAUGUUGAGGAGACAUUUGGCUGGGAGCAAACCGGCCAAGGGCUUAUCUUCAUUCCCUUGUCGAUUCCUCAUCUCCUUGAUCCGUUAGUGGGAUAUAUCAUCGACACGUAUGGGGAGUCCAGACGCUACCUUGCUUCAGGAGCACUCUUAGUCAGCGUUCCACUCCUUGUGGUCCUCCGAUUCGUAACGCACGACUCCAUGGGGCAAAAGGUACUGUUGUGUGCUCUCCUGGUGUUGAUCGGACUUUGCAACGCAGUUUUGAUACCGUCGAUUAUGGUGGAAGCUUCUUAUGUAGUUCAGGCUAAGGAGGAACGGACCCCCGACAUCUUUGGGAAAGGCGGUGCGAUGGCCCUUGCUUAUGGGCUUUUGAAUUCGGCAUUUUCUGCCGGUACUAUCAUUGGUCCUUUCUUUGCGGGAUUUAUUCGCCAAAGUGCGGGUUGGGGAACGAUGGCGUGGGCGAUAGCCAUCCUUACGGGGGUGUCGACAAUCCCGACCUUGCUUUGCCUGGGCGGGUUUUGGUUCAAAAGAAAGAAUAAUACUGAUGGCUGA